UUGACGAAUAUUUGCGACACGCCUGCGCAGGGGCUUAUGGGAUAUGUGGUUUUAACACUGUGAUUGCCAUUACAACUAUUCGCCACAACGGUAACUAGUUAAAAAAUAACGAACAUCGCUAAUUAUGAACACACCCUAGUGAUAUAACUCGAUUCCAAGAAACAAUCCGAUAUAUAAAUGCCUUACAAUAGUAAACAAACAAACAAACAAAAAAAUCGGACAGCACUUCCGGACUCCAAUAUGACGUCACCGCCCGUAUUUCUUGGUUGUUCUCGCGCCAAACAGAAAGAGCUCCUGAUUAACGAUACUAAUAAUUAGUUAGCUUUAGCUUCUUAACUCUAUCGCUACAGCUCAGAAUUCUCUUCUCUAAUAAACAUUUGUACAAAUUAUUAGAGUUUAUAACCGUGUUUAACACUUUUAUGGCCGUGUAACAGCAAUGAGGCGAACACGGAGCAGCAGAAACAAACCCGCGGUGAAGGAAGAGCUGGAGACAGAGUGGGCGUGGCAGGAUGAUGAUGGACAGUGGGUGCCUUACCCCCCUGCAGUGUGUGCUGAGAUCACCGCGGCGUUCCAGGCUGGGAAGAAGUGUGUGUCUCUGUCGCUCGGCCCAGGAUACGACCUGGACCUGGUGAAGAUGAUGCAGACCAACACUGUGACUAAAUACCGCCGUAAAAUACACAAGUCAGUGUGUGUGGAUGAAGGUGAGGGGUCGAGUGGUCUCAGGAUUAAGGAGGAAGAGGAGGAAGAGGAGGAGAAGCCGGUCACUAAAAAGAGACGAGGAGGAGUGAAGAAGUGUGAAGACACUGAGGAGACGGAGAGUAAAGAAGUGGUGAAGACGGUGGUGAUGAAGGGAAAAGCUCCAGUUGAUGUGGAGUGUAAACACAAACUGGGGAAGGCUCAUGUCUACAGCGAGGGGAACGACGUGUAUGAUGUCAUGCUAAACCAGACCAACCUGCAGUUUAACAAUAAUAAGUACUACCUGAUCCAGCUUCUGCAGGACGACCAGGCCCAGGUCUACAGCGUGUGGAUGAGGUGGGGGAGAGUGGGAAAAGUCGGACAGAACAAUUUGGUGUCAUGUGGUGCAGAUCUCGCUAAAGCCAAAGACGUCUUUAAUAAAAAGUUCUUUGAUAAGACUAAAAACGAGUGGACACAUCGAGCAAACUUUGAGAAAGUUCCUGGAAAAUACGACAUGGUGUUCAUGGACUACAGCUCGCAUGACAAAGAGGAGAGCACAGCACUGAUGUCAACUCCUUCUGAGAAGAAACCGUCACAGCUGGAUGUCAGACUUCGGUCUCUCAUGGAGCUGAUCUGUGACAUUAAAGCCAUGGAGGAGUGUGUGCUCGAGAUGAAGUUCGACAUUAAAAAAGCUCCUCUCGGAAAGCUGACGGUGGAGCAGAUCCGAGCAGGAUACUCCUCUCUGAAGAGAAUUGAACAGUGUCUGAAAAAGAAAAGCAACAGUAAAGAGCUUUUGGAGGCUUGCAACCAGUUUUACACUCGCAUACCACACGACUUCGGUUUGCGAACUCCUCCCAUCAUCCGCAGUGAGGAGGAUCUAAAGGAGAAAAUCGCUCUGCUGGAGGCUCUGAGUGAUAUACAGAUAGCAGUGAAGAUGGUACAGUCCGGACCAUUGAGUGAUGAAAAUCCUCUGGACAAACACUACACCUCUCUGAAGUGUCACCUCCAACCUCUCGAUUCUCACACACACGAGUAUCAGGUGAUCGUGAAAUAUCUGCAGUCGACUCACGCAGCCACUCAUGAUGAUUACACCAUGACUGUGCUGGACAUCUUCAGUGUAGAGCGAGACGGAGAGAAAGACAACUUCCUGCCUGACCUGCACAACAGGACGUUGCUGUGGCAUGGUUCUCGUCUGUCUAACUGGGUCGGGAUUCUCAGUCAGGGUCUCCGAGUCGCUCCUCCUGAAGCUCCAGUGACCGGCUACAUGUUUGGUAAAGGGAUUUAUUUUGCCGACAUGUCGUCUAAGAGUGCUAACUACUGUUUCCCCAGUCCGAAGAACAACGUGGGAUUACUCUUACUGAGUGAGGUCGCUCUCGGAGACUGUAACGAGCUUCUGAUAGCUAAUUGCGAUGCUGCCAAAUUGCCUUCUGGGAAACACAGCACUAAAGGCCUGGGCCAGACUGCCCCUGACCCCAAAAACGCCACCACACUGGAUGGUGUGACGGUUCCUCUGGGUCCCGGAGUGAGAGCCAGUGUGGGAGACAGUGGACGAUGCACACUCCUGUAUAACGAGUUUGUGGUGUAUAACCCUGCUCAGAUACGCAUGAAAUACCUGCUGAGGAUCCAGUUUAACUACUCAGCACUGUGGUGAGAGAGAGAGAGAGAGUGUGUGUGUGUGUGUGUGAAAGAAUGUAGAGAAUUCUGGUGUAAAAUUGUCAGCACUGUUAAUGUUUUGCUUCUCUCUAACAGAAAAUAAAAACAUUUUUUCCCAGAAGAGAUUUUUAAGUCUCAGUUUACUUUUAUAGGUUUUGGAUGAAAUUAAAGACAUUUUUAAAUAAACAUUUUCCAACUGUAUCUUGUUCUGUGUUUUAUUAGUUUUAAUAUUUUUACCUAACGAGGUUCACGUGUGAAAGUUUUGUAAAUAUACAAAUGGAGGAGGCGGAGUAAUAAAACCUGACUGUCAUAUCACACCAAACCAGUGACUACAUUUCCCAUCCUGCACUGCGGCCUACAAACAUGGCCGCCAUGGACUACACUUCCCACUCACACGUUCACCUUCUCUGGAAUUCUAAUCUCACACACACCUGUUGUCAGUCUCACACUCACUCACUCACUCCACACUAUAAAAGAGACUUUUUGAACACCACACUGUGCGAAGUAUUGAGUGUUAUCACCUUACCAACUGCUCUUACCCUGUUGAUCGUUUCGAUUCAUGUACUUUGAUCUUGUUUCUAGUUUCUCGUUCUCAAUUCUUUCCUUGCCUCGUUUAUGCCUGUUUGCAGAUCGCCUGACCUAUUGCCUGUUUUUGACCACGCUCUUGUCUCAUGAUUUGGAUUUGUCUGCCUGCCGCUCUCAAAUAAGUCAUUAACUGCAUUUGCAUCCGUCCUAACCUCCAUUAUGUGGAUUACGUGACACUGAUUUAAAUUAGGGCUGCAACUAAUGAUUAUUUUGAUGAUUGAUUAAUCUGUUGAGUAUUUCUUUGUUUAAUCUAUUGGUUGGAUUAAAAGGCCCAUUUUUAUUUCACAUUCUGCUUGACGUUGUCCUCCACACACUGUGUAAAUAGAAGGUUAUGAUAAAGGUAUUAAAUGUAAAUGUGGGCUAUGCUAUACACUGUGCAGAGGUUUUUUUUUUUUUAAAUUAACAUAUUUUGAAAACAAAAAGCUGUAAAGCAGAAGUUUAAAGCUUUAAAGCAGAAGUUAAAUCACUAUAUUAAAAACGCUAAAGAAUAAAAACUAAAGCACAAACUGAGUGUUAACUGGUAAGAGGUUAAAUAUUCUGUAGUAACACACACAUUCACUCGUCUGAACACAGUAACGUUUCUUUAUUCUGUAAAUGUACCACACGUCUUACAUUUAUAUACAAUUACACAUUAUAACCCCAUUACAGUUACGCUCUCAUAAACACACCAUUACUUUAGUUUGUAAAUAUCGAUAAAUAUUGCAUCAGACUACAUAUUUGAUCAGAAUGAAUAGUUUAGUAGGAGUUAUUGCGCUUCCUUUUUAUCGCGUGCUGUGUGAUUGAGGCGCGCAUGCGUGGACUCAGUGAAGUUUAGCGGAGGCUCGCUCGCUGUCAGGACGAGACUUUAUGUAUAAUGGAAAUACUGGUGUGAAUUUCUAACAUUUACAGAUAAGGAUAUAAAGGUAAACAUGUCAUUUUUGUGCUGAAGAAAACAUGUCUGGAACAUGUUAAACUGCACAUGCGUCUGUCGCAGCAUCUGACACGACGAGUCACGUUAAUACACGCUAAUACAUGUUAAUAUACGAUAAUACACGUUAAUACAGGCUAAUACACGUUAAUACACGCUAAUACACGUUAAUACACUUUAAUAGACGCUAAUACACGUUAAUAGACGCUAAUACAUGCUAAUACACAUUAAUACACGCUAAUACACGUUAAUAAACGUUUGAAGCACUUAAUAUAAAACAUUCUUAUGAUUAGGACGAGCUGGAUCCUGCACUUUUCCCUCAGUAGCAGCGCACUGUGUGUCCUCUGCUGUUUUAUUGAUAGAAAUGUGUUUUUCACCGUCGUGAAGUGACGUCAUUGAUGGGGGGCGGGCUAUCCACAGUGAUGUCACUAACGGGGGUGGGGGUUGGUUAUGCACAGUGACGUCACACACCCAACUAAUCCAUAAUGUCAUUCGCUGUCCAUAAUUUUAUUUAUCCAUUAUUAUCAAUUUUAGUGAUUAGUUGUUGCAGCC